AUGUUCCUAUGGAAAGCAUGCAAGGAGGCCUUACCAACUCUAGCAAAUCUGAGAAGGAGGAAAGUAGUGGAACACAGUUCAUGUCUGAUCUGUAAGCAGGAGCCUGAAACUUCUGGUCAUGUUCUGUGGGGCUGCAUUGCUGCAAAGGAUGUGUGGGGUCAGGGAGUUAUAAAGGUGCAAAAACUAUCUUUUCAAAGUGAUUUAAUAUUUGAUAUCUGGUCGAGAAUGGUGGAGAGGCUUAGUUUAGAGGAACUUGAAGAAGUGGCAGCUACUAUGAGGGGCAUAUGGGAUAGAAGGAACAACACUCUUUAUGGUAAAGAUUUCAAACAUCCAACUGCUCUCCACCAACUAGCCAAGGCAGAACUGGUAGCAUACAGGGAAAUUCUCACAGAGGAGCCAGUAGUCAAUCCCACAACUCAUGUAGGGACUCAAAAGUGGUCAAAGCCUGAGGUUGGUUCUUUUAAAGUCAACUGGGAUGCGGCUGUAAAUCAAAAGGAAGGACAUAUAGGAAUUGGAGUGCUCAUCAGAGAUCACCAAGGUUUCCCUAUUGGGAGCCUACAAGCAAACAAAUCCUUCAAAGGAACUCCCUUCGAUGCUGAAGCCUAUGGCAUCCUCCUAGCAGUAGUUUUCUGCAGAGAAAUUGGCAUAACAAAAUGUAUGUUGGAGGGGAAUUCAAAGCAAGUAGUAGAUUUAAUGAACCACCAACCAAAGAACUGGAGUUUGGGUAGCUGUCUGGUGGAGGAUGCAAGGGUGGUACUAAAUUCUUCUGCUUGCUGGUCAGUGGUGCAUACUUUCCGAGAAGCUAACAUGGUAGCACAUCACCUAGCCAAAUCUGCCCUGGAUUGCACAGAGGAUCGAUAUGAUCUUGAAACAUGUCCCUCAUGUAUCUUUUCUAUUGUCACAAAAGAAAUGAAGUAG